AUGUGGCUGGGAGAGAAGUUAGGUGACUGCCCUAACAUCGCCCAGAAUGGAGGUUUCUGGAUUUUAGCUUUAUUUGUCCUGUUACUUGUGGCUGAUGUCAAAUCUUCAGCAGAUUCUCAGCUAUGUGAACCUUGUGGACCCCGAGGACCUCCAGGACCCAGGGGUCCUCCAGGGCUACUUGGUUUAGCAGGACCCCCAGGUGUAACAGGACCAAGAGGUAUACCUGAGGUGCCUGGAGCAGUUGAGAAAUGCCCAUGUCUACCUCAAUCUGCCUUUUCCGUCAAGCUGAGUGGGCCUCUCCCAGGACCCUCACAGCCCGUUGUCUUCCAGGAAGUUCUGUACAAUCGUCAGGGCCACUUUGACCUGGCCACUGCAGUGUUCGCCUGCGGCGUCCCUGGUGUGUACCACUUCGGCUUUGACAUUGCGUUGUUUCAGAAUGCUGUCAAGGAUGCUUUCCCCACCCACUCUGCUUGCCGAUGCCCACUCUUCCCAGGAGUUUCAGCUGAAGCAUCCGUCACCUUCCCUAUGAAGCCCUGCCUGAUCACCACCUCCUGCCCUUCCCCGACUCUAGGUCCUGGAGCGCGACGGACAAUCUUAUUAUUCUGUAUGUCCCCAAGGUUUAGCAGGGGAUUUGCAUAUUGUAAGAUACGUGAUUGAAUUUAGAAAUAAAUGA